AUGCGCUCUGGCGGCGAGCCGGAAAUGCGCACAGCUGCCGGCGGCCACGAGCCACUCGCAGCCCGCGCUGCCGGAGACACGUGGUCUCAGGGUGUGUGGGUUUGUGUGACCGGUCAGAUUUCUGCGCCUCGAGAGCGUGGGCGGAUGCGAUUUCACAUGCUGCAGAACGUGCAGAUUGCUUUGGACUUCCUUCGUUACCGAAAGAUUAAACUCGUAAACAUUCGUGCAGAAGACAUCGUCGAUGGCAACCCAAAACUUAUUCUUGGUCUCAUCUGGACAAUCAUCUUGCACUUCCAGAAACAAAAAAAAUUGCUGGAGUAG